UAUAUAAGAUAAAUGUAUUUAUUGAUAAAUACUCAUAUAUUCUUUCCGGAGAAUUUACGCUCAAAAGGAUCGUAUUAAAAUGAGGGCACGAUGUCACAAAAAACUUUCUUUAACUGCAAUAAAAUACUUAGUUGUAGGAACAAUUUUAUUUGCGUUAGGGACGCAAAUUGGUAUGGCAAUGUGGAGUAAAUAUGUCGUUUAUACCUCAUUCACACGACGACGUGAUAGGACUCAUACAGACAUUCAUUCAUCAAAUAUCAUAAGAACUUCUACACAACGAAAUACUAAAACAACGGCAGUGAAAACAACAAGACCUAUCAAUCCAACAAUUGGAUAUACUUCAAAUAUCGUGCAAUGGACGUCCUCUGAAAUGGAGUGUUCUUUUAAUAAUAUUCCUACGAGACCACCGAUAGACGAGCGUCGAUAUUUCAAAGCGUUGCCUGAGAAAUUCGAAAGUACUAUAUGGCCGCCUGUCCGACGUAAUGACUGUGGCACAGGACGUCUUCAACGCCCGUGGUCGUUGGACAGGAUCAAAAAUCCAUGGAUGAUUUUUAUUGUCAAAUCGGCACCACAUCAUUUCCCUCAAAGGCACACAGUUCGUUCGACAUGGGGAUCAAUAUCUUCUUUCUACAAUAAAACCAUAGUAGUUAUCUUCUUGCUUGGAUUGCCAUCACUACCAAACAAAGAAACUUUGUGGCAGAAAGCCAUUGACGAAGAAAAUCUAGUAUUUGGAGACAUAUUACAAUGCCACGUUUUAGAUAGCUACAAAAAUCUACCAAAUAAGGUUCUAGAUUCAUUUCAGUGGGUAUUGAAGCAAGAUUACAGGGGAAGUUUCUAUACAUUAACAGAUGAUGAUUGCAUGAUGAGGAUUACAAACAUUCAUAUGUAUUUUGAUCAUCUGUCAAUCGAUGAAGCUCGUCACAAUAUUUACUGCGGGUUUUUAUAUGACAGAGAUAAUAAAGCAAUUCGUGCUGAAAAGAGCAAGUGGUCGAUGAGUGCAUGGCAGUAUUCAGAAAGAUACUACCCUACGUUCUGUCAUGGUGGAAUGUACACAAUGAAACAACCAAUGUUGAAAACGUUGUAUUGCAUCUCUGAAGUUACAAACACGUCCGGAUUUCAUUUAGAAGAUGUCCUGAUUACAGGCAUAUUGCGUGAAAAAAUCGGGGAAGGAGAUGUCAAUAUAAAACCAGUGACAACCAACACAGGUAAACGACUAGAUUUAAUGUACUAUCCAUGGGACGACAAUGCUGCUCGAACUCUGUGGAAAAUGAACCACAAAUGGAUAGCAUGGAACCGGACACUCUCCCAAUAUCGAUACCGAGGACUUUUAAAAAGUAAACCACUGCCAAGUCGUAGAAAUCGAUUGGAAAUAACUAAAUUACAGUCAUUUUGGCGCCAACAAUGGAUAGACAAUUUUAAUGUUAAUCCUAAACCUCACGUUGAAUAUGAAAACCGAAUUUCCUGACCUACUCUCAGAUGCAGAUUUAGACGAUAAAAUUCUAUAGCCCGAGAAUGGCAAAAUAUUUUUUAAUGAAUGAGUCAAAAAUUAUAUUAAUAUUGUAAAAAAGAAAAAGAAGACUGUGUGUCAUGGAAAUUUUCCAAUGUAUGCAUCGAUGAGAAACUUGCAGUUGCACCUUUUCGAAAGUCCCAUAAUUCUUGAUUGGUAUUUUAUAGAUUUCAUUUGUGUAAUUUUACACAUACAAGGCUCAUAUCAGAAUUGAGCUGAUUUCUGGUACUCGAUUGUUACGAGUUUUCCAGUUGUGUGCAAAAACGUGGAUUCGCAUGCAUAUGAAAUACUGAAAACCUACGGGUAAUUUUUCCAUUGUUUCGAAAGAGUUCAAAAGAGCAACUCCACUCUGAUAGAAUUAUAUUUUUCUAUCGACAAGCAGCCGCAUUGAAGUCACUACCUCACUGCCCCGUUGUUAUUUUAAAAUUCUGUUGUCGUCAAUUUAACGCUAUAAGAUUUUGUUUUCCAACCGACAAUUGCACGUGGGAGAAAAACAAACUGCUAAUUAGCAUAUAAUUCUCGUAUACCCCGCCAAAACAUUCUUCUGCCAUUUUGGCUAUGCGAAAAGAUCCCACUGUAGCAAAACAAGUUGCAAUAAAUGAACAGUUGAAUUGUAUUUGGGAAAUAAAUAGUUGGGCCAUAUACGCUGUAACAGCAAUGUUGUCAGUAGAUUGGAUGCAUACCACGAUACCGGUGUAGCAAAUGUGGCGGUAUUCACUAUAAUUUAUCUCGUCAAUCAACUCUUUGUAUUAAUAGUAUGUAAUUCAUUUGUCCUAUUUUCCUGAUUAUGAUUUAUUGCGACAAGGCUUAGCAAUGGAUUAACGGGUGAAAUACGCACGUGCUUAUGUCACCAAGGAAAAGAGGGCACCACAGAAAUUUCCAUUCCUUUAUUACCGCGACGCCGGCUAAACUGAACUUAAACAUAUUCCAAGUGCAGUUUUAAGUAUUUUAUGGCGUCUGAAGCUGCCGCAGAAGAGAGAGAGACCCAGUCUAAACCGAAAACUGUUCCGCUUUUUGUUAAUUAUGUUUUUGUUGUGUAUGUGUUUACUGGUGGACAAAACAAAUUCUUUCUCUCUCUAUUUCCUGAGACAGGGAAGCCAACGAGGCGGCUUAACCGGGGGAGGGCAUGGUACGGAUCCGUGCCGUUUUGAUCGUCUUGGGUGAAGUCAAAAUUGCUAAUGGUGACUCAGCAAUGCAUAAUAACAGCUAUACUACAAGUUUUGACGGAGUAUUUUGAACAGUAUUGAAGUUACGGCGAAUGCUACAGGAAACAUUCAACAACUGACGCUUUUAAAAUGUAUCGCAGUUACGGCGAAAUGCUACUCAAAACACUUAACGACUGAAUCUUUAUAACAGUACUGAUGUACUGUUAAAAACCACUAUUCGUUGAACUUUAAACGCAUUGGCCCGCUUGAAAUCAAUUUCAGUUGUUUUUCUUUCUCAAUAUAUAUAUCAUCUAAAAUCUCUAUAAUAUAUAUAUGUUUGUAGGCAUUGGAAAUAUUUUCAAAAAUUAUAAUGUAAGUCAAUCAUAAUUCGGCAUUUAAUCGGCAAUACUGAACUGAUACUUACUUAUUCAUAUCCAGAUAACACGGAACACUAGUUACAUUCAUAAAAAGUUAUGUGUAAAUUUAAUUGUGCAGAUAAGUCAAUACUAUUAUUAUAAUUUUUUUUUUUUUACAGAAUAAAAGCAUUAUUAGGGGAUUAAGUUAAUUUUUAAAAAUUUUUCCUCAUUAUAUUGUUAUAUUUUUGAACCUUUCAAAUGGGAAUAUUUGAAAACAACAAUACCGACAAUUAACCUUUGUAAAAAUGAAACAAAUUUUACUUUCAAAAAAAUAGGAUGAAUUUCAAAACACGACUUUAGCAUACAGUCACUUGUUUAAAUAUAUUUUUGAUUUAUUGUCACUAAUCUCUAAUAAGACGAUAUUAUUUUGAAUUAAUAAAAAACUGAAAUCACUGUAAAGACAUAUCUUUUCAAUAAAAUAAUAUGACAUAUUGACUUACAGUCAUGCAUCGUCAAUAUAACUGUA